CCUGGCCCAGAGUCCUCCCUCCCCUGGUGAUGACUGUCUCUGCCACCGUCUGCCCCUGCCCAGCCCUGACACCCAGAACCCCAACCAGUGGGUGGGCUGCAGGCUGGAACCCGCUGCCCCGAGUAACCAGGCAAACAGAACCCCGCCGGGUUCUCGGCCUCUUCUCUGGUUGGGCCACCUGUGCUCCUACUGCCACCCUCCUGGCCUGUCUGGGCUGGGUCCCCCAUUGCCCCAUGCAGCACCCCAAACCCUUCUAUGUCCCUGCAGCUCCCCAGGAAGGUUUCAGCCUCCAGAGUCUGGAGGGGGCUGAGGCACUGGGCAGCCAGCCCACUCCCACCUGCACCGAGCCGCCUCCUGCCGUGGGCUCCUUGAACCUCUACCAUCCCCCAGACCCAGAGAAAGAGGUGUUUCCGGCCCCUCCAGCAGGUUUCCAGAUGGCCCCGUGUGGGUGCUUCUUCGACCCCCGCAUCUAUCGGAUUGAGUGGACCACCCCUGACCUGGGCCAGUCGGCCCUGUACAAGCUGGCGGCAAGCAGCGGCGGGCCAGUGGGGGGCCCCUCUGCCCCAGGCAGCUACCUCCUGGAGCCGCAGCCCUACCUCAAGGCCCCGGGGCUGCCCCCAUACCCCCACUACCAGCCGGCACCGGGGGGGCCCCAGUUCCUCUUGCCCUACUUCCCGCCUGAGGGCCCCGGGCCAGAGGCUCUGGGCUUUGUGGGGGACGCAGGACCCGCCGCCUUCAUGGAGCUGCCCCUACCGCCACUGGAGGAAGGCCCGGCCCCGCCACCCCCUCCACCUCCCAAGGAGAACAAGCCACCUGUACUCAUCACGCUGCCUGCAGAGCCCACGUUGCCCCCAGACGCCUACAGCCACCUCCAGGGCCACCUCGGCCCCUUCCCUGGGCCCGAACCCCUGGCCUUCCCCGCCAAGGAGCUACAGGGCGGCGGGGCCCGACCUGGGGUGCCCCUGUACCCACCAGGCCUCAGCGAGCUCAAGGUGGCUGAGGCCAAGGAGGGGGCCCUCCUGGGAGCAGGCGAGGCCAAGGCCCCUGAGGCGGCCAGAGCUUUGGCACUGCCUGACAAGGUUCUGCUGGAGGACGCCAUGAAGCUCUUCGACUGUCUGCCAGGCGCCACUGAGCCUGAGGGUACCCUGUGCGAGGUCCCCGGGCCGGCCCUGCCUGACAGCAGUGGUGGGAACUCAGCCGAUGACAUCCGCUCGCUGCGCCUGCCCGAGGAGCUGCUGUCCUUCGACUACAGCGUGCCUGAGAUCCUGGACACCGUGUCCAACGUCGACUACUUCUUCAACUUCAAGGCGCUCAACGAGGAGCAACCGCCCCACCCGGGGGCCCCUGCCGCCAACACCCCAGCCCCCAGUGUGCCCGGCAAGAGAAAGGCCUCGACGGCCAAGAAGGGAAAGCCGGGAGGGAAGACCAGGCAGCCGGCAGGCCCAGCCAGCGCCACUUCCCCGGGGCCCAGGCAGGACCUGGGAGCUACCCCCCAUUAAAGCACAUUUGACCUUUCA